AUGGAAAGUUUCUGCAUUUUAGGUGUGCUACACAUUCUCAAUCUGAUUGUUAAAGAAGGUUUGCUGGAGAUAGAGAGCAGUGUCAAUGCCAUUCGUAAUGGCAUUUAUUUUGUGAGGUCUUCAACUCAGAGGCAGAUUUCUUUUGAGCGACAUAUAGAGCCAGGAAGACUUCAGAGAGGAAGCUUACUUUUGGAUGUGAAAACUAGGUGGAAUUCGACCUAUUUGAUGCUAGAGCAAGCAUUAACGUUCAAGGUGGCUUUUGAGAAGAUGGAAGCUGAGGACAAGCCCCACAACGACUACUUCAAUAAGAUUGCUACUUUGGUUAUGUCUGCAUCAAAUCAUGUUACUGCGCAUAAGUUGUAUCAUGCGAUCGUCACAGUAACAAGGAACAUUAGUGCUUUAAGCACUGCUCCUGGUCCUGAUGAGAGUUUAAGGUCUAAGGCAACAAACAUGUUAUGGAAACUUGGCAAGUAUUGGAAUCCAUUUGGAACAAAUCCUGAAAAGAUGAAUAAGCUUGUCAUUGUUGCUGGUGUUCUUGACCCAACCAAGAAGAUGAUGGUUACCUCAAAGUUAUUUGAGAAGCUGUAUGGAGAAGACUCAGUUCAGGUUACUCUUUUGAAAGGUGAAGUCGAGGACAUUUUGAAGAGUUUAUUUGAUCAGUACAACAAUCGCAGUAGCGGCAGUACUGGUAAAUCUCAAGGACCAUCUUCUCAGUCUCAAUCUCAUGGACCGUCUUCUCAAUCUCAAACUCAGUCACAUGAUCAGUUAGGAGAGGAAGUUUCUCAGCGGACAGUACUUAGUAAUGGCCUUGCUUAUGAGAGCAUGAAUGACAUCUACAAAGAGCUUGUUCAAGAAACAGGAUUUCAAAAAAAAAAACAGUGA